CUACUGUGCAGUGUGACAGGAAGUAAAGUAUUAACUUGCAAAUCAUGAGCUUAAGCGGAGAGGAGUCAAAAGUCCGGUAGCAAUAGAUGUAUUUGAGUUUAACUGGGUGUACGCUAUCAGGCAGUGGUCUGAGAAGGCAAGCCGAAAACUUUUCUUUCCAAGACUGAAGCGACACAGAGUGAGUUGUCAUCGAGUCUUGAACCCCAUUCCCAUCGGAAGACUAGGAUGGGAGAGACGGAGCCGGGGAGAAUAAUUUCCCCGGUGAAAAACUUCGUCGCAGGUGGAGUCGCCGGAGCGUGCCUUUUAUUUGCCGGACACCCACUUGAUACGAUCAAGGUUCGCCUUCAAACACAACCCAAAGCCUCCCCCACCCAAUAUGUGCUCUACACAGGAACAUAUGACUGUUUUAGAAAGACGGUGUCCAAAGAGGGAGUUCUGGGUCUUUACAAAGGCAUGGGGGCCCCUCUGGCUGGCGUUGCCCCGAUGAUGGCCAUCAGCUUCUUCGGCUUCGGACUGGGGAAGCAGCUGCUUCAGUCUGACCCCAACAUCCCUCACACGUCUGCUCAGAUCUUCAUGUCUGGUAUGUUGGGAGGAAUCUUCACCACCGUGAUUGUAGCACCUGGAGAAAGAAUAAAGUGUUUGCUUCAGGUUCAGUCCACUUCUGGUCAGUUAAAGUAUGCUGGACCUGUGGACUGUGCAAUCAGGCUUUACAAGGAGCAGGGGAUUCGCAGUGUUUACAAGGGAACAGUUCUAACUCUUAUCAGAGAUGUGCCUUCCAAUGGUCUAUAUUUCCUGACCUAUGAGAGUUUGAAACGUUUACUAACGCCGGAAGGUGAAAGUGUUCACAACCUCAGUACUCCCAAAAUUAUCCUAGCUGGCGGAACAGCAGGCAUCUUGAAUUGGGUGAUUGCCCUCCCUCCAGAUGUGCUAAAGUCCAACUUCCAGACAGCUGCGGAUGGACGCUACAGGGGACUAAUGGAUGUUCUCAGGGAAUUGCUACGAGAGGAAGGAGCGCGUGCACUCUACAAAGGAUUCAGUGCUGUCAUGCUGAGGGCUUUUCCUGCCAAUGCGGCUUGUUUCCUGGGUUUUGAAGUGGCCCUGAAAGGCCUGAACUGGAUGGCUCCUGGCUGGUGAUCUGUUUGAUUCUGAGGAGACCUCCUUCAAGUAUGGCCUGCCACAGCACACAGUGGAUAUGCCUUUAGUUCUUACACCCUGACAGUAUUGGUCAGUAGGCCUAAUGUUCUAUUUAAAGAGCAUUUUAAGUGUGUGCUAUAUUACGUCUUUUUGUAUUAACAAAAAUAAAUUAUUUUAAGACUACAAUGAUGGUGUUCUUCACAAACAGUGAGGUUUUUUUUUUCAAAUGUUAUUUUUUGGAACUUCUGUGGAACCAGUUGUUUGAAUGUAUGUUUUUUUUCUGGGCCAAAAAUGCAGACAACAUUUUACAAACUUUAUAGAAAUAAAGAUACAGAAUGUACAGGGAAAUGUAAAAAUGCAAUCAUAGGCCACCAAUUAAAGUUUUUUUUUUUAAAUCAGAAACUAGGCUACAUGGUGCACUUUUAUUGUGAAUUACAUUUGUAGUUGUACAGUUUGAAUACCAUAAGAUGUGCAUAUCUCAAGAUGUAAUGUAUUAGGUCUAUUUAUAUAACUACAUACAUUCUCAGAAAUACCAGUUCAUGCUACACCAAUCAACCAAAUAUGCACAUUGUUGCUGUCUGAAACCCGUUAAAAGGUUAUAAUGUUAAAAUGUGUGUGCCCAAAUGAUGUGAACUGAGGAACUGUGGAAUAUUUGAUGAAAAGCCUAAUGUGGAAAUAUUUUAAAGAUGUAAUUUUUAUUCCAAGAAUCUUUGUAGAUUUUGUUCUUUUGAAAUAAAUACUUUAUUAAUCA